GACGAGCUGAUUGGAUAGUUCAACGCGACGAGCUGAUUGGACACCAGCGUACGGCGCUUUGAUUGGCUGUUACUGGCUGACUGAACGGAGGGGGCUGAAGCAACGCCCCAUAGUUUCCGGCACCUAUCACGAACUGUGUAAUGGGCCAAUUGUUCACGUAUUUCCAUCGCAGCAAACAAGAGCCAGAUGAACCUGUGAAAGAGGAAGUGGGGGGCUCUUCUGUAAGCUCCCAGCAGCUGGAACCCGAGUUUCUGAACUGUGCUGUAGAUGUAUUCUUAUAUAGAAGAAGACAGACUUUACUUCCUGAAGCUAGCUAUGAGAUAGAAAAUGGUGGAGAAACUGGCACUAGUCAGGUUGAAGGAAUAAUGGAGCUGGAACCUGUGAAUUAUGACUGUGUGGAUCAGAACACGAAAAGGUCAUCAGGAGAAUGGAGCAGUACAGAUGAUGGGAAAGCAGAUGUCGGAAGCCUCUCUGAAUGCAAUAAGAGGUCCAAGUUAUUCCAGGAUUCUCAGACGGAAACAACUGCCGGGGAUGAAACUGUAAGUGAUAGCCCUUUGGUUACUCAGCAGAAGCAACCAGAAGAUGUCCCAGAAUCUUUACAGACUUGUGAGGACUCCAGAGAAAUGGGAGAUUGUGUAAAAAACAAACCUGAUAAGCCACCAAAUGAACUUGCACAGGAAGAAAACCUUAAUACUGAAGAGUUAUUAAAUAAAGAUGUGCCUGAUGGAAUCUGUAGUUCCCAAACUAGUCUAGGAUCAGAAUCCAAGACGAUUGCAGGUCAAUUGUGUACAGCACAAAAAGAAUUGUCUCUGGACACUUAUGAAGACAUUUAUCGAGAUGAAGAAGAAAUUGAAAAAGAGAAAAUCCAGAAAGGAAUUACAACGGCUGAAAAAGACAUGAAAGAGGAUCUUAAAUUAGGAGUGGGACCAGAAGUUGACAUCAUAGAAUAUUGCCAAAGGGAAUGGAGAGGGAAGACAUCGGUAGCAAAGAAAAUGAAGGAGGGAUAUGAAGAAGUGUCUCACUUUUUUGGUUCCAUAAGACGCGUAAGGGGAGAUAAUUAUUGUGCCUUAAGAGCUACCUUAUUCCAGUGCCUUAGUCAGAUGACACAGCUUCCACGAUGGAUGGACAAUGAUCGGCUUAUUCAGUUGCCUGAAAAGCUUGUUAAAAAAUAUGAGUGGAUUAAACAGUGGAGAUUCUGGCAUUCUUAUGGAAGCAAGAAAACGUCGGCGCUGAUAAAGGAGUCUUUGGAGCUGCUUAAGAAAAAGUGGUCCGAAUUGAGUGGAAUCCAGAUCCCAGACAAGAAACAAGCUGCUUGUGAUGAGAUCUUUCAGAGUGAUGAGGAGUAUUGUUUAUAUGAGGCUGUGAAGUUCUUGAUGCUGAAAACUGCUAUUGACUUAUUUAAUGCCAAUGAGGAUGGCAAAGAAGUUCCUGUGUUCUCGUGGCUGUUAUUUGCUAGGAACACCUCUAAAAAUCCUUGUGAGUUUCUGAAGAAUCACUUAAACCAUGUGGGACACUCUGGAGGACUUGAGCAGGUUGAAAUGUUUCUUCUUGGAUAUGCUUUGCAGCACACCAUCAAAGUAUAUAGAUUAUACAAAUAUGGGACCGAUGAGUUUAUCACCCACUAUCCUGAUGACCAGGCUGACUGGCCAGUGGUUACACUUAUAACUGAAGACGAUCGCCAUUACAAUGUUCCUGUUAGAGUAUGUGAAGAGACAAGUUUAUGAACAUUAACCUGUAUGAUUAGGGCAAUCUAUACAGAUUGGAUUUAUAUCUGUAUUUUAGAUAUAGAGCUAAUGUGCUAUCCCAUAUGUGGGAAUAUUGCAGACAUCUCGAUGGCUAACCACAUGAUCGCCAAGAACAAGAAGAUGAGCACUUUGGGUCUGAGGUGCUUGAGAUGCUUUAUUUGAACCUGAAUGUGUAACAACAAAAUUUCAUUGGUGGAGGUUGUUUACAAGGUUACCUGCAAAUGCUUUGCAUUCUGGAUGCUUUUCAGAAAUAGCGGAGAAGUCUGCAGCUAGAGCAAGAAUUGUGAAUGUCCUUUUAAAGGGUUACUCCGCUCCCCAGCGUUCGGAACUCAAUGUUCCAAACGCUGGGUGUGGGUUUUAGU